AUGGUUUCAAACAAUGCUGUUCCGAUGAAGUUAGAAAGUUCUGACAGAAGAUAUGUAGUUGUCAGAACGUCAGAAGCUCAUAUGCAAGAUACAGAAUAUUUUGACGACUUAGCAGAAACUUUGACAUCUGACUUUUACAACCACUUGUUCUCAUAUUUUAUGACAUUAGAUAUUUCUAAGUUCAAUCCAAGACAAAUUCCACAUACCGAAGAGAGACAAACAUUGUUAGAAGCAAACAAGAGUGUAUAUGAACUGUUCAUAGAUGAAACUGACUUUGAGUGUUUAGAUGAAAGGUCAUUGUACGAUUCGUAUAAACAAUAUUGUCAAGAAUAUGGUUAUAUGACAGCGUCUAAACGAACAUUCUUGGCAAAUGUCAAAAGUCUUUUAGACGUACAGAAUGGUGUAUAUACAAAGAAAAAUUUUUCUGAGUAA